CUGGAAAUCAAUUGUUCUUUUUUGAAAUAUGACCUUUAAUUUCUGACGUCAUAAGUGAACGACCCCUUACCAAACCAGUGAUGGUCAACCUAAUAAUGUGUGAAGGGCCCAGCCUUUCAGCUGGAGGCACUGCGAUUCAAAUUAGAACAGAAUCUAUUGUACCACUGAUGGUCAACCUAAGUGCUACGAAAAAAUUUCAUGAAAUCCCACAAACCGUAAGCUUUUUGCAGUUUUGAUCAUGGCUUAAAAUUAAGGUGUGUCAUGACCCAAAAAAGGUUGGUCACCACUGUUCUAAAAAUUCAGUGUUUCUUAAACUUUUUAUUCCUCGGGGCAGAUUAUAUUUUCGCGCUAUGCUGGCAACCACUAGCAAGAAAAAAAAAACCUACGUGGAGCAAAGUUUGAGAAGCACUGUGUUAAAUAUUGAAAUUAAAAAUGACCUCUCUGACUAUAUAAAUUGAUUAUUCUAUUCGCAUUUAUAAGCAGUCGAUAGUGAACAUGAGAAUGCUUCUUGUUCUUCAAAUCUUUGUGAUUUUUGUCACUCAGGCUUUUGGUGUGAAAAUAUUUUGUGAUUUUUUAACAAACUCAAACACAUGUAAAGUCACAGAAUUUCAAUUUGCAAGUACAAAUGACCAAAUAGUUACAAAUGUUUAUGGACGAUUUCGCUCGGGGAUGUCAGAAAGUGAUGUAAAAAUUAUCGAUGCAAGAGAUUUGACUAUUCGCAGAUUCCCGCUCAAUUUGAAUAAAUUCUUGCCACAUCUUCAGACAAUUUAUUUCGAAAAAGGAAUGACUGAGAUCCACAAGGAGGAACUGGCACAAUAUCCAAAUCUACAGCAACUUUACUUAAGUACAAAUGAAAUUGAAAUUGUUGAGCCUGAUUUAUUCAUCAAUAAUCGAAAAUUGCGACUAAUUUACUUGAAUGCCAACAAAAUUAGGUCAGUCGCUCCGAAUGUGUUUGAUGGAUUGGAUAAGUUGGUAUUCUUAGGAUUCGACGCUAAUGUUUGUCACUCGGGAAUUGCCGAAAAUGAUUUUAGACGUGCAGAAGAAUUAGCAAAGAGCAUUUACAAAUAUUGUGCUCUGGCAGUGCCAACAACCAGUGAAUCUUGUGUGCCAAAGAAAGAAUUUGAGGACUUCCGACUAGAAAUGAAAGGAGAUUUUGGUGACUUGACUGAACAACUACAGAAAUGGCGGGUGGAGACUGAACGUUAUAUUAAAAUUGGCGUUGAAAGUUGUGCUGCUGAUUGAAGAUUUUAUACAUUUUUUCGGUCA